GCAAAUCCUAGGCCGAAUUUUGGACCAUCCUAUUUGUAAAGCUUAAUGUGGCUCAAACAACCUCUUUCCUCUCCUUCCCCACAACCCCUUAUCCUCUCUCUCGCUCUCUCUGUCUCUCUUCUGCAGCCACUCUUCUCUUCUCUUUAAGCCAUUAUCAAUGGCAGAAAGUUGUUUAAUUUCCACACCAACACUCUUCACCACUAAAAACCAAUCCCCAUUUCUCUCACUUCCCUCAAAACCCACCAAGCUCACACACCUCUCAUUCUCAUCCUCACCAUCUUUCCCUUCAUGGGUCUCCCUCAAAAACAAGUCUUUGCCUUUCCAACUAGUCCCACUCGUGGCUCAGACCUCAGACUGGGCUCAACAAGAAGAAGGGGAAGAGAACCAAGUUGAAAAGGGUUUGAGUUGGGAGGGCCAAGGGUUGGAGGAGACAGUGGCUAGUGCUGCUUCUGAUGAAAGUGAGCCUGAAGGUGAAGAAGAAGAAGAGAGUUCUGGAGAGGGGGUUUUGGGUGGGGGUGAAGAAUUUUAUCCAGAGCCAUCUGAAGAGGCCAAACUCUUUGUGGGUAAUUUGUCUUAUGAUGUUGAUAGUGAGAAACUAGCUGAGGUCUUCAAUCAAGCUGGGGUUGUUGAAAUUGCUGAGGUAAUUUACAAUAGGGAGACAGACCAGAGUAGAGGUUUUGGGUUUGUAACUAUGAGUACUGUUGAAGAAGCUGAGAAGGCUGUGGAUAUCUUCCAUCGUUAUGAUUUAAAUGGAAGGCUUUUAACUGUAAACAAGGCUGCUCCUAGAGGGUCACGUUUAGAACGACCUAGAAUGAAUGAUUCUUCAUUCAGAAUCUAUGUUGGUAACCUGCCAUGGCAAGUGGAUGAUGCUCGUCUGGAGCAGGUUUUUAGCGAACAUGGGAAGGUGGUUAAUGCCAGGGUAGUUUAUGACCGGGAAACAGGCCGUUCACGUGGAUUUGGCUUUGUUACAAUGGCUAGUGAGACAGAAUUGAAUGAUGCGAUUGCUGCUCUUGAUGGACAGAGUUUGGAGGGCAGAGCGAUCAGAGUAAACGUUGCUGAAGAACGACCAAGGCGUGGCGCAUUUUCUUUUUAAGAGAAUUGUUGUUCAAGAUUUUACAUUAACUCUUCAAGCCUGGUAUAGUUCUCUUGGAAGAUGGAAUUUGAUCAUCAUUUUAGUUUUUUUCUUUGUCGAGGAUGGUAAGAGGAAAGUUCUGUAUUAGGAUAUUAAAUUUUCUCUAUUCAUAUUUCUUUUCUUUUUGCUUUUUGGUAUGUUGAUGAAUUGAUAUCCAUAAUCUAUUGUCAUUACAUUUUAUCAA